UUGUGCGGCUUCGAGUCUGCGGCCUGCGCUGCGCGAUCGAUAACAAUUGGUAGAUAAAGAUUUAGUUUGCGAGGUCAUAGACGUUGAACAGCCGCAAGGUUGGAAAGUGCGCGUAGAAAAAUAAUUUAAACGUAUAAAAAAUGGAUACUUCAGGAGCUUAUGGUGGUGGAAAGGCUGGAGGCGCCUUCGAUCCUCAAGCUUUUGUCCAAAAACCUACUGUAAUCGUCAGGGCGGUGUGUUGGCUAUUCAGUGUCAUUGUGAUGGGAUGUAUAUCGGCUAAAGGCUGGUAUGUCAGCAAAGCAGACAAUCAAGAGUACUGUGUCUACAACAAUGACACUAACGCCUGCAACUAUGGGGUUGGAAUCUCUGUGAUAGCGUUUAUUGCAUCUGUGGCUUUUAUAGCCGGGGAAUAUCUCUUUGAGCAGAUGUCUUCGGUGAAAACCAGGAAGCAUUAUGUACUGGCCGAUAUGGGUUUCUCAGCGUUCUGGGCGUUUCUCUACUUCGUUGGCUUCUGUUAUCUAUCCAAUGCUUGGGGAAAGACCGAAAGCCCACCGGUAGGAACCGCCAACAACAUGCAGGGUGCUAUCGCCUUCUGCUUCUUCUCAAUUUUCGCCUGGGUGGCCUGCGCGUUCUUCGCGUUCCAGCGGUUCCGCAUGGGCGCUGACGCGGCGUUCGCGCCAGCAUACGAGGUGGAGGGCGCGGUGGGCAGCCCCGGCGCUUUCCCCACCUACCCCGGUGCGCCCGACCCGCAGCCCGCCUACAGCGACCCGCCGUUCGCACACCAGCAGACUGGUAAUGUCGACUACACAGCCCCAACAUACUAAAGAGAAUUGCAAAUCGUAUGAUUCGUUCGAUCCGCCAUUUUCUUUUACAUUGUUUUGUCACUUUACAAUCAGUAUUGAAACACUAUGUUACUAGUUAUUAUUUAGAUCUCCAAAAACAGUCAAACUGAUAUCUAUAUUUUUUAAUGUUUUGUUGAAUUUAAAUAUAGAUCUUUUAUUACGUUAUUUUGUGGUUGUUCUAUUUAAUAUUAUCAUCUUCAUGUAUUUUAAUUUCUAUUAGUUAAGAAUUAUGUAAUAUAAAGAAAGAUUAUUUUGUUUUCCAAGUUUUCUGUAAGUUAACUAAUUAUUUUAAGUUACAAACUAAACUAUGUCAGUGUAAUAAGCGUUGGUUUAUGGACUUCAUAUUAUACUAUAAGUUUAUGUGUAACGAAAUACUAGUCUCUUGCUUUCCUUGUCCUUAUCUGCGAGAUAGACAGAGAAAGCAUAAAACUGGUUUAACAUGGCUGUUUUCAAAGUUAACGCAUUGUUAUGCAUAUUAUUUGACUAAAUAUAGGCAAGGGGUCAUCCUUAAAUAACGUGACGUGAACAUACAAACAAACAGGGGGUCAAACAUAUUAUGGCAUUGUGCGAAAGGGUUGAUUACAUAGUUUUAAUGCUAUUAACUAUUUGUCAAAAAUAUAUGACAUCACGCCAGGAUAGAGGUCAAAGAUCAAGAGAUAGGUCAACGUCAUG